AUGUUUGACGUCAUCUGGGUCGAUCCCGAUCGCGAACUCGUCGGCGAGCAUCGCGCCAAAAAGGAGAUCAAGCGCGAGCUGAAAAACAAGGAGAGAGAAAAGGAACAGGAGAACUCCAUCCUCAGCCGCUCAAUCUCCGUCACAAGCACUCGGUCUUCCACAGAAUCUCGUUUCGGCUUUCUCCGACCUCGAAAUGGCAAACAUGCAAAGGGCAAGGAGAAGACUCCGUCGGGUCUUUUGACUCCAAGUCAUCACUCCUCACGCUCCAACUCGGGGAGCUACCAUCGCUCGGCACUUAUGGCAAACUUGUCGAAUGUUUCCCUUGGGGUAGAGCGAGCACUCAGAGCCAACACUCCGGUUUCCACUGAUGCCUCGUCUUCACACGUUACUAAGCGCAACGAAGUCUCACAGCCUCGACUGUCUGACUUGGAGAACCCAGACUCCUGUUCAGAGGUGCACGGCUACUCUGAGCUAGAAGGCGACCACCCUCCUACGCCAGCGGGUUCAAUGGGAGAUAGAAACUUCCCCGUCCCGAUACUCCAGUCAGAGUCACCCAACAGUCUCGUGCCCAGUCUCAAUCUUCCCAAAGAACCGAAAGCUCCCAUCGUGAUCAACUUCCGACCCAACGACCCCGACUCAUGGCGUCCCCCGGAAGAAUGGGAGUACAUCGACCGACAAGCAGAAGAGGAGGCGCGAAUGCUUGAGGACCAAGAAGAUGUCGAGAUGACCGUUGAUGCAGAAGAGACAGUCCAAGUGAAGCCGUGCGCAGAUUUCGAGAGUAUCAAGGAUCAAGUCAAGGUUAUGGCGGCUUCGAGUCCCAGUAUGAUUCUUGCGCGUAUCAAAGAGAUCUGGACCGUCACCGACGAGAGGCUCCAUGGCGAAUUGAACAUUGAGCUGAAGCGAUGGAUGCUUUCUGUCCUGCACUAUCUGGACAUUGAGGCGAGGGAUAGUGCUGGUGUUGCUUGCGUUGUCGCGAAUACGUCUGACGAUCUUGGGGUACUGGCCCUCUACGAGUCUGAAAUCACGGCGACAUACCUUGCAGCUCUUCACUCAACGAGAGAAGUAUUCUCGCUGACAACAGCGUCCUUCCAAAACAAAGAGCUUCCCAACAUUCGCCCAGUAUUGGUCCCGUCCAUGACUCCCUCGACACUCCCAAUUGACCAGCACUCAUUCACCAUCGUAUACUCGCUCUCGCUACCCGCCGUAUGCUCUUCACCUGAGAUACCAGGGGUACUCAAGAACAUCAGCAACCGUCUUAGAGUCGGUGGCUCCCUACUGCUAACUCUUAUUGACCCAUUGCCCUGCGCAAGCACACUAGGACAUCGCAUGCGAGCAUGGCUUCAAGAGCAUCUGUUGAUCAACCUCGAGCGACACUUCAAGUGCACGAACCCAAGUAGACUGUUCCCAGAAUGGAUGGGCGACGCUGGUCUGCGCGGCCAAGGCAGCACUCUCACAACCUCAAAGUUCUACGCAGUAUCAGCUAGUAUUCGGAGUCAAGCCGAUGACAGCGAUCCUUUCAUAGAUAGAAUUCCUUCUGAGAGAGAAGUGAAAGCAGAAGUCCGUAGCAUCAUCGGUCGUCUGCUGUGGAUGGAGGUCUGGGGCAGUUUCGUCACCGGGGAUAAAUGGUGGUGGGAAGACGAAGGCUGCGUUAACGAAUGUCUCCAGCUGGGCACAGUUUGGGAAUACCACAUGAUAGAUGGCGUCAAGCAAGGCCAAGAGGAUAUUCCAGAAGAGGUAGAAGGCCUCUAG